AAGGUAGGUAGGUAGGUUUCUUUUCUUUUGUGGGAGGGGGAUAUUUAAUUAUAUCUUCUCUUUCCUUUUUCGGUCCGUUCGCCAUUGUUUCGAUCAAUCGAGUGUCAGUCGGGAAAUCCGUGGAUGUGUGAACCGUCACAAUGAGUGUCCGGGUCGUUGCGCGUGUUCGACCCCUCCUCAAGACCGAGAGAGAACUCGACGUUAUUGUUCGCACCGGCUCCUCUGCCCCUGCCGAGUCCAAGUCACAACAGUCCGUGAAUGGCGACCGAAAGCUGGCGGCGCUGAGGGACAGGGACAACGUGGUGCGGAUCCCCAAUCCUAAGAACGGAGGCGAGGAAUACACCUUCCAGUUCAGUGCUGUGUACGAUGCGGAGGUGGCACAGCAGGAGUUGUUCGAUGCCGAGGUCGCGCCCACCAUCAAGCACCUUUUCAACGGAUUCGACGUCACGAUCUUCGCAUACGGUGUCACGGGAACUGGAAAAACACACACGAUGCGUGGUGGGAAAAGCCUCGCCGACAGAGGUGUCAUUCCUCGACUCCUGAGUGGCAUCUACCGACGUAGCCGGAAGAUUGAGAAAGAUACCGACGGCGAAACAACGGUUCAGGUCUCCCUCAGCUACUACGAGAUCUAUAACGAUAAGGUGUAUGAUCUGUUCGAGCCGCCCGAGAAGCGUACUCUGGCCGGUCUUCCACUGCGUGACAAUGGCGGCAAGACUGUCGUUUGUGGUCUGACGGAGAAACCGUGCACAAGCUUGAAAGAAUUCGAAGGACUGUACGAUCAGGCCAAUAAUAACCGUUCCACUUCUGCGACUAAGUUGAAUGCCCACUCGUCUCGUUCGCACGCCAUCCUCGGUGUCAAGGUUACCGUUUCCUCACCGGACAGCACUCGCAUUAGCACUGCUUCCGCCAUUGAUCUUGCCGGCUCGGAGGACAACCGCCGGACGGAAAAUGACAAGGAGCGCAUGGUGGAGUCAGCCAGUAUCAACAAGAGUCUCUUUGUUCUGGCGCAGUGCGUCGAGGCGAUCACAAAGAAGCAGCAUCGAAUCCCGUACCGCGAGUCCAAGAUGACCAGAAUUCUUUCGCUGGGACAGAACAAUGGACUGACCGUGAUGAUUCUUAACCUGGCACCGAUUCGAUCGUACCAUCUGGACACCAUUAGCUCUUUGAGUGUCGCCAACCGCACCAGGAAGAUCGAAGUCCGUGAAGUCGAGAAUGACCCGAUCUUCAAGGGCCCCGCGAGACCCUCAAUGCGGCCAUCGUUGGCAGCCUCUCGACAGCCGCUGCGCCCUCUUACAGCUUCUGUCAAUGUGAACAUGCCCGCCCCUGCUGCAAAGGAUCCCGCCAAGAAGGACGAGGAGAAGCCGCUCAAGGCAUUCAGUGUUUAUUCCGACCGGGCGCAGCCGAAGCCCGUGACGCAGAUACGGAAGCCUGAGUCCAAGAGACCGUCCCUCUCCUCUGAUGCACCCACUGCACGCUCAUUGAAGCCUCGUCAGACGCUCGUUCCGCCCCAACCUCAACUGAGCAACUCGGAUCUUUCUGCUGCCAAAAUCGAGGAGAUGGUUGCAAAGAAGGUCGAGGAGAUCUUGGCUGUGCGUGCAGUGAGCGAACAGUCAAGACAGACUCAGGUUCUUGAGCUGAAUGAUCAGCUCCAGCGGCGGUUGGAGCAACUGGAGCAGCGCAUCGAAGGCACCGAAGACGCUCGCGCAGAAGGUCUGUCCUAUCUGCUAAUGGCCAAGCAGCAUCAGGCACGUGGUGAGAACAGCUCCGCAUUGAGAAUGUACCAGCUGGCACUCCCUCAUUUCCCACACAAUGAGAAGCUGGCAUCCAAGAUUGCCGCUUUAAAAGAGCGUGUCGAGGGCAAGUCUCAACCGCGACAGUCUGUCAAUGCUGCCUCCCCGCCCUGCAAGGGAAAAUUUGGCAGCAUGCUUUCACUCAAUUUGAAGAAAGAUCCCACCCUGACACUGGGCAAACGCCGGGCUGAAGAUUCUGAUCAUGACUACAUGGACCAGUCCGCUAUGGGUGGAUUCUCCGAUGACGAGACUGGCUUCCUUGGUGCUUCCCGUCCAAAGCACAAGAAGCGUGCCUCAAACAAGGCCCUUCGUAAGAGCGGAGAUGAUCUUGCUGCUCUAGACGACUAUCAAGAUCCGUCCGUUUCACCCCGAACUAUCCACCUUUUGUCAAUCAUCAACUCGCGCGAUGUCAGCCAGAUAAAGCUUCUCAAGGGCGUCGGCGUCAAGAAGGCCGAGGCAAUUGUCGACUGCCUCUGUGAGAUGGACCAAGCAUCCUCAAACACGGAUGUAGAUAUGGUUUCCGACCAACCUCAAUUCCAGGUGGACAGCCUGGCGCAGCUGAGUACAUUGAAGGGAGUGGGCAUUCGCACAGUUGAGAACAUGCGCAAUGGAGUCCUGGUCUGA